GUGGCAGCCCCACGCCGGAAGCGCGGCGGCGAGAUGGCGGCGCUUCUGGCGCGGCUGUGCCGGGCCGCCCCCGGCCUCCGCGCCGCCCGCCUGCCCCUCGCCGCCGCCGCCGCCGCCUUCCCGUCUCUGCGCCGCCCCUCCGCACUGCCGGGAUCCGCGCGGCCGCUCAGCUUUUCGGCGUCCGAGCUGGUGCGCGCCGCGCCGGGCCCGCUACAGCCCUACCUGCGCCUCAUGCGGCUGCACCAGCCCGCCGGGACGUGGCUGCUGUACCUGCCGUGCACCUGGAGCAUCGGCCUAGCCGCCCAGCCGGGCUGCCUCCCGGACUGGCAGAUGCUGUCCCUGUUCGGCGUCGGAGCGGUGCUGAUGCGUGGAGCUGGCUGCACCAUCAAUGACAUGUGGGACCGCGACUUUGACAAAAAGGUUGCGAGGACAGCAAACAGGCCCCUGGCAGCUGGAGAUAUCUCCACUUUUCAGUCCUUUGUUUUUCUUGGGGGACAGCUCAGCUUGGCUCUUUGUGUCCUUCUGUGUCUGAAUUACUACAGUAUUCUUCUGGGAGCAGCCUCUUUAUCUCUUGUGAUCACCUACCCUCUGAUGAAGCGAAUAACAUACUGGCCACAGUUAGUUUUGGGACUUACAUUUAAUUGGGGAGCCCUUCUUGGCUGGUCUGCCAUCAAAGGGUCAUGUGAGUGGUCAGUGUGUUUGCCCUUGUACUUGGCUGGAGUAAUGUGGACACUGGUAUACGAUACUAUUUAUGCACAUCAGGAUAAGAGGGAUGACAUCAUUGUUGGUGUGAAGUCGACAGCAUUACAGUUCAAGGAGGAUACGAAGCAGUGGCUCAGUGGCUUCAGCCUUGCGAUGCUCCUGAGUUUGUGCAUGGCAGGAAUGAAUUGUGACCAGACGUUCCCGUAUUACUCAGCUGUGGCUGCCAUAGGGGCUCACCUAGCGCACCAGAUUUACACUUUGGACAUAGACAAGCCUGAAGACUGUUGGAAGAAAUUUGCUUCAAAUCGUACUGUAGGAGUUCUGCUCUUCAUAGGGAUUGUGCUUGGAAAUCUGUGGAAGCAAAAGGACUCAAAAGAUGUAGAAGAGCCUUUAGAAAACAGGUUUCUGCAAAGUCGCCUGCAAAGAGUGAGCUGAGCUUGUUGACAAGAAUGAUUUGAACACGUACUACUGACUUAACAAAAACAAAACCGGAGCAGCCCAGAGCUAUUGCCGAGCGUGUGUGACUGGUGGUUAACCCAGAGCUACCAAUUCAUCAUGGAAAGUAAUCCUCAUUUCCAAUUUUUAUUUUUAAAUUCUGUUCAUCUUGACUUAUGCCUACAGGUUUUAUUUGUAGUCUUACAGGAAGAACUUGUUCAUAGGAGGAUGCCUAUAAACAACAAAAUUAACAACUGCAGGGUAAUAAUUACUUCGUUUUAAAUAAAUAGUGUUUUCAAACGGUUUAUGCUAUUUCCGCUACAUGAUUUGCAUGGUAGUUAACCUUUUCUUUGACUCAUAGUGUUAAAGAGCUUGUAUGUCAUGUUCUGGAAUUAAUUUAUUUUGAAGGAGCAAGGGACACAUCUGUUCUAGGAAAACAAUAUGGUGGAGUUUACCCCAGACGGCACCCUGGUAGGCAACGCAAGGGUGCUUUUCUCCACCAGUGGCUUUGUGUAUGCCUGCCUACGGAGCUGUGGUUUGAGGACAUUUGGUUGCCAAACUCAUCAUGGUGUUCCAGCAACUUUUCCUGAUAUCUGCUCUGCUCCUGGAGUGGUGGGGCACAACCGUGCCUGCAGUCACACCAAAAAUCAGGCUGCUCUGAAGAUGGGCAUGAUAUUUUAAGGUUAUUUAAACAAAUAUGUCUGAGCGACAUUGCAGACCAGAGCCAUGUAUUCAGGGUUUGCUACCUGCGGUUUUGCAUUCCCAGUGAUGGUGAACAGGCGAAGAAGUUUCUGUUGCAGGGACAUCAGACAGCGUAUAAUGAUUCAACAGCUUUGGUCACAGAAGAUCCUUGCUGGGGCUGGAAGCAACUUCCAUGGGUUCUGAACACUUCUUUGUAAUAUCCACCCUGAAAAGUUGUUUUUUCUUUUACUAUUUGAACAAGCGAUGUCAAAUAUCUUUUGAGCAAAUUAGAGAAUGUAGAUUUUUCAGCCUGGCUGCGUGUGUGAUAGAAAUGUGUGAAAAUGUUAGGAAGCAUAACUGCAUUUAGGGCCUUCUUGGUCCUUACACAGAAAUUGUUCUUAAAUAGGGUUUGCCAUUUGGGGAUAGAGGAAGUAUCAAGUUGAAGAAAAGCGGCUUGAAAAUGAGGAAUGAUAAGUUUCUGAACAAUUAUGUGAUGAAGUAGAGGGAGAAUUGAAUGCGUCCAACUUCAUGUUGAACUUUGGUUAUAAAGCACUUACUAGCAAUAAAAAUGUCUUUUGACGUAA